AUGCCAAUUCUCCCUGCCAACUUCAAAUCCUGCCUCUACAACCUCGUUCGCUCCCUCUCGACGCUGCUCGCGGCUCUACAACAACCAUCUCCUCGUCACCCUCGCCUCGCGCGCGGCAUCGGCGUCGUAUCCGCCAUGCCUGACCUCGACGACCCCAGGACGCCGCGCAAGGGAAAGGAGCCCGUCCCGAUGCCCUCCAAACACGUCCACUUUGAGACCAACGGCAGCGCGUCCAGCAGCGGCAAGACGUACCCUCCGCCGCCGCAGGCCACCUCAGCGCCGAACAGUCCCGGUCCCAGCAAGGCACAGCCGCCGUCGUCUGGAAAAGCAGAGCAACAAGCAGCACCGCCUGUUGACAACCAGCCUACGAGCUUCCCGCAAGUCGGUGCGCCGCCUGGUAGCCAAUUUGGACCCGGGCAGUGGUACACGAGCGCCGACCCGCGCAUGAGCCUCAACCAGCCGCAGCAGUACCAGCAGUACCAGUACCAGGUGCCUUCAAACGGAGGUUACUGGGCGCAGGGAGGCGUGCCUCUGUUUGCAAACGGCGCGCCAGCUGGCACGCACUUUUACCCGGCUGCCGUUCCUCCUCACUUUGCUGCGUUUAACAACAUCUGUCACCCGGUAUUUCACACCCUUGUUCAUCACCACUGCUACCAUCACUUUCCCCUUUCCCCUCCUGCUUCUUCUUAUCCUUCUUCUCCUCCCAAGCAUCACUUCAAUCACCGUCUCCCCCGCCAUCGAAGAACCUCUGCUCUGCUCGCUGGUACUGCUGCUGCUCCGGCCACGGACGUCAACACCAUGGCCAAUUACCAAAACGCCGGACCGCCCGCGUUCGGCGUCAACUUUCAGCCGCCGGUGCCUGACACCACAUUUGGUCCUAUCCCGCAUGUUUACGUGCCUCGCUUCGACGCGGCGGUGGCGCUCCCACCGGGUCCUCCUGUCGGUCCUCCCUUUUUGCACUUUGUUCACGCUCCAGCAGAUCCUUGCCCUCCCUCGUUCACCGUCAUUAUGCCCCAGGCAUUUUACACCGAUGGCUACCACUACUAUGCAAGUGUUCCUGGCAGACAGCAGGGUGGUGCGUCGGCAGACCAUGAUGAGCAACUUACUUAUAGCUGUCGGGACUUUCUACAGCCUGCAUACAGCGCCGUGCCCGCUGGCCAGCCCGGCUUCGUCAUUGGCCAGCAGCCGAGCUUGAUGCCCCAGCCCAUGGCCGCCGGCCAGCCCGUCUUCGUCGCCGGCCAGGUCCCGCCCGGCAUGAUCCAGGCGCCGCCGCAGGUCAUAAUGGGUGGCGGCGGAGGCAUCCCCGUCUUUGCAGGUAAUAGUGGCAACCCCCCCGACGUGUCUGGUCUGGGGCGCACCCAGGGGGAGGAGACGCUGCGGCAGCUGCAGUUUGCGCACGCCAACAAGCUCUUUGAGCCCCAGGAGUUCAAGCCCGCAGACGACGACCCCUCGCGCUUUUAUUACGUUCGUGAAGUUGACGGGAACUGGACCCAGCGCAACAGGUUUACUAUUGACCACAUGGGUGACUGCCGCUGGUACGUCACCGAUGAAGGCUGGUUCUACGCCGUUCGACUACCGGAUUAG